UAGGCAUGAAGGAAGCUUCUUCAUCUCACCUCCGGUCUAGGCUAUAGUUAGCAUUCAGACACACCUAGCUCAGAAGACUUUGAGAUGGAUCUUGCAAUAUCCGCCGUUACAGGUGAUCUUGCCAGCCGAUUCAUCUCUUUCCUCAUGAACAAAUAUGUGGAUCAUCUGUACUCGGAGCAGAAGGUGGAGAGGCUACAGCAACUCUUGUUGAGAGUUCACACGGUCGUGGAGGAGGCAGAUGGACGACACAUCACCAACUCUUGUAUGCUCAUGCAGUUGAAGACGCUAUCAGCAGCAAUGUACCAAGGGUACCAUGUGUUGGACAACAUCAGGCAACAUAAUGGGGCAUCCAAGGACUCGGUGAGCGAUUCAUCUACCUCGUCAGAUUAUAUAAUUCCUUUCAAACGUGCUCGCACAGCCAAUAGUUCUUCGACAAUCAAGGCCUUCAACUGGGAGUUACAAAGUGCACUUCGGAAUCUGGAAGCUGUGGUUGACCACAUGGUGGAGUUUGUCGUGCUUUUGGGCGGAUGCGAGCGCGUCUCCCGUAGACCCUACGACACCUAUCUUCACGUCGACAACUUCUUGUUUGGUCGGCAUGUCGAGAAGCAGCAGAUCAUCAGCUUCUUGCUGCAAGAGAACAUGCCUGGUCCUCCGGCAGUGCUACCAGUCGUCGGUGGACGUGGAGUUGGGAAGAGAACUCUUGUAGCACAUGUAUGCAGGUAUGACAGGGUGCGUUCUCACUUCGCGGUUAUUUUGCACCUGAGUGGAGACGGUCUUACCAAAAUAACAGAUAAUGAAAUUCCGUCAGGGAAGAUACUGGUAGUUGUUGAGUUUGCUUCUGAUGUAGAUGACGAUGACUGGAAAACAUUUUAUUCAACUGUUACGAGCAUGGAUAGAGGAAGCAAAGUGAUAAUCUUAGGCCGAAAUGAAAGCUUGAAGAAAUUUGGGACCGUACAGACUAUUUCUCUGAACCGUCUGGCAUUCGAGGAGUACAAGUACCUGCUCAAGACACUCGCAUUCGGAAGCGCGAACCCAGGAGACCAUCCGCAGUUAGCAGAGAUAGUGGAAGAGUUUGCUGUGGUGUUGGGAGGAUCACUCAUCCCAGGAAACUUGAUUGCACAUGCAGUGAGAAAGAACCUGAAUGCCCAUUUCUGGCUUAGCACAUUGAACAGGAUCAGAAUCACAAUGAAGAUGAACAUUUCCAGGUUUGGCUUCCAUCCAAAUGAGCUUUUGGAUCAAGGCCGUCCGGUACACCUCGGCCCUCAUUACCUCUUGUCUCCUGCUGCUCCCUCUCCUAGCUCUCCAAAUAGCAGUCUACCCAAACUGGUAUUUGGGGACUCGCUAGCAGAAGCAGGCCAUACUGUUCCACCGAAGGGAGAUUUUUGGCUAGUCGCAUGGGAGUCAAGGUUACCCCCAUACACUUCAUUUUCUCAUCUGGUUCGCUUUGUUCCAAGUUGUGUCGAUGAUAAGCCUGAAGCAUCCUUGUCAGGGAAGAAGCGUCUGGGGCCAUCUGCCUAGUCUCAUGCCACAUAUCUUCAAGCAGCAUAUAUAUCUUUUGAGAUAUUUAUAGAUCUGAGUAUAAUGUAACAAUAAACUUACCAAAUUGAUCAUAAUCAGCUCCUUUUUCUUUUAUUAUGGACAAGAGUCACAGGAAAAGAUAUGUAUGUGCCAUUGGUUGGUUCGUACGGAUGGGUUCUGAAUUAGCAGAUCAUGUAUAGCAUUGAUUAUCUUGAUUAGUAUAGGAACCUUUAACUAUCUAAGAACAUGUUAUGAGCUUUUAUUCAUCAUGGUUGGUGUGAUUACAGAGAAGAAACAUAUUCUAUGCAUCACGUGACUUUUCGUGUAAAAAAACAUCAUGUCACCGAGAUACAUUUUCCCAUCUGUAUGUAUUUCAUAAAAUCCAC